UCGGACAAGUUAUUUUGAAAUUUUAGUGCUAGUGUUCCCAGAGCAUUUUUGAUAUGUGGGCUCGGUCCACUUAGGCUUCCUUUACGUUACCACGUAAUGAUAAUCUGUCGAUUAAUGAGAUAGUCUAGUAGAGGUCUAGUCUAGUGAGUGGCUUUGCACGCAGGAGAACUCCCACCUCAUACAUAACUGCAACUCUUUGCACCAGGACGGACUGACACACACAUGCUGUUGGAAGAUGGAGACGGAAAAGUGGGUAAAAGACUGCUCUAGCCCACUGCAAACGCAUAGCAUUACCACCGCCAAGGAGUGGAGUGAAGAAGUUUCUGAGCAGUCCUUAGACUCGGACGACUAUGAAAGUGAUGAUGACCUCUACUAUUCGAAACGUCUUGAUCCAGCUGAAGAUGGACUGUAAAGUAAAUGAAGAUGAUGUAGAUAUGGUAGAUGAGCUGUCAAGUACAGAAUACAACGAAGAGGAGGAACUCAGUAGUCCCCCACCAAGAGAAAGACGCAGGUGUAGUAGUGCACAAGCGGCCCAACCAACGCUGGCAUGGAAGACAGGGAAAGACGUAGACACGGCUCCACCAGGAGUGCGAUUCUGCCCCGCACGGACGCCGGGUGUUCAGAUGAGUUCAACGGACACCCACACUCCACUGGACCUAUUCAAACUCUUCUUCUCAGACAGGGCCGUCAAAACUUUGUGUGACUACACUAAUAAGCAAGCUGCCAUAAAUAUUGCAAAAGGAUGCGCAUACAAGUGGGUUGAUGUUGGUGUUCAUGAGUUCUUCAAUUAUAUCGGACUGAUUUUUUACAUGGCCACAAUCAAGCUGGACGAGAUCAAAGAUUAUUGGCAGCAAGAUGACAUUUUCUCCAUACCAUUCCCAGCAACUGUGAUGACCUGGGACAGAUACAGAUUUAUCACCCGGAAUGUCAAAAUGAGCAAUCCACACAAGGACCAGGAAAACGACAACAGAAAGGGAACACCAGCACACGACAGCCUGUUCCAAGCAAGACCUCUGCUGGACACAAUCCGGACCGCCUGCAAAGCCUUCUACCACCCUCACAAGAACCUAGUCAUGCAUGAUGGAUUGACCGCAACCAAGGGCUUUAAGUUGUUUGUACUCGCUGAUGCAGCCAAUGGCUAUGCUGUAGAUUUUGCUGUUUACAGGAGAAAGAGCGGCUUCCAAACCGGAGAAGGGCUUUCCUACGACUCUGUGAUGUCACUCGUAAGCCGUCCCUACUUGGGUUCCGGGUAUCACUUGUACACAGACAGUUUCUACACAAGCCCAAAGCUCUUCAGAGACCUGCAGGGUCAAAGCUUUGGUGCUUGUGGUCUGUACAGAGAGCACAGGAAGAACAGUCCUCGCAGCACAUCUAACGCACUGGACAAGAACUCCAGCAAAGCCGCCAUCAGAUGGAUCAGGGACGGUCCACUGGUGUUUGUGAAGUGGAUGGACAGAAAAGAGGUGUGUGUCUGCUCCACGAUCCAUGCAGCCUACUCGGGGGACAAAAUCCAGAGGUGGUUGAAGCCCAAAACGGGAGGCUCGAAGCCCAAGCUGUAUCCAUGCCCCUCAUCUGUUGUGGACUACAACAAGUAUGCGGGCGGUGUUGAGUUUCCAUACCAGCUGAUUCAGUAUUACACAACACAGCAUAAAGAAAUGAGAUGGUACAGGAAGUUGUUUUUGUACUUCCUGGAUAUCGCUGCAAUGAACGCAUAUACCCUCCAUAAAGAACUGACCGCCCAGCGGCAGCAGACGACACUGACCCACAAGGCCUUCAUGGAGGAGCUGAUGGCAGAGCUUUGUGGGGUAUCAAACAAGGCUUCUCACAAACGUGAAAGUUGUCAGCACGUGCCCGUUCCAGUGGCCUCUCUGCGACCUGAUGUCAGCAAGCGAGCCGCCUCCGGCCGCACAACCUGCCUAAUGUGCAGGAUUGAUGGCAAGAAACAGAGCACUCCAUGGAAGUGCAAGAUUUGUGAUGUUGCCCUCUGCCUGAAGUUGGAGAGGAACUGUUUUGAAAAAUGGCACAAAUGACUGUGGUUCCUUACUGACUGUCACUGAGACAGCUAUUAGCCUUGUGGGUAUUGUUGCCAUUGUGUUGUACGGACUUUUUUUGACAUGGUCUUGCACUGUCUGUAUUGAAGCAAGUGUUUGUAUGUUCUGUCUGUGUAUAUUCUCACUGGUGACAUGAUUUCAUUAAAAUGUCAAACCCUU